AUGUCUACAGUAUGUAUUUAUGAGAUGAGGAAUGAGAUGAGGAAUGAGAUGAGGGAAUACUAACUUAUCCAGACUAAUCCAAUGCCGUUUUUAAGGUCACUUAUAGGUAAAGAAGUUAUAGUAAGGUUAAAAUGGAAUAAAACUGAAUAUAUGGGUAUUUUAUUAUCAACAGAUAAUUAUAUGAAUUUUCAGUUAGAUCAGACGAAGGAGAUAAUAUACACUAAGAAAAAUGGUAUAGAACAGAAGUCAAGUGAAUUGAUAGGUGAAAUAUUUAUUAGAUGUAAUAAUGUAUUAUUUAUAAGAGAAUUAAAUGAGGAAGAUAAUGAAAUACUGAAAAAUGGUACAGAAACCAAAGAUGAAGAUGGUGAUUCUGAAGUAGUUGAAGAAGUUAUAGAAGGAGAAGAUGUAGUUGUUGAAGAAUCGUAA